CGGUUUUGCUGCCCGGCCCACAGAUUGACGAGAAUAACCCCGUGGAACAGGAAAGAAAACAAUAAUACGCCGAGAAGUGAGAGCUGCGUGUGAAUUGAUCUUAAAUCAUGGACAAAUUAAAGUCCGUGUUGAGUGGCGAGGAAGGGCGCACUCAAGACAGAACUAUUUUACAGGCUGCCAACGAAGCUUCCACACUCGGCUGGGGCACACGCGUGAAGGGGUUCGUCGGCUGCUUCGUGAUCGGCUGUGUGUGUACAUUAUUGGGUGUGUGUGUGCUUUUCAUCCCGAAGAUUGGAAUAACUCUUUUUAUUGUGUUUUAUUCACUUGGAAACGUGUGUUCGCUGUGCAGCACUAUGUUUUUAAUGGGACCCGUGAAGCAACUGAAAAGAAUGUGCGACAAGACGAGAGCUCUGGCCACCACCAUCAUGCUGACAUGUCUGGUGUUGACCCUCUGUGCUGCCUUCUGGUGGAAGAAUUUCGGUCUCGCGCUGCUAUUUUGCAUUUUGCAACUUUUGGCGUUCGCCUGGUUGGAUAUGGGAUUUGCGAAACGCCAGCAGAUUUUGAAAAUACACAACUCAAAUGGUCCUACCCCCUCUCCUUCAACGCUGACUCUGACUCCACCCAUUCCAAGUACAUGGACGCGCAAUGAUGGACAAGCGAACAGAUGCACGAGAGCGAGCCAUUAGCUAGUUAGCUAGCUCCAGCAGCUACCAUAGGAUAACAACAAACAGAAGCUUGCUCUGGGUCACGAGCUUUGAGUACGUGCACGAAGGGGUCGCGCGGGGGAGGGGUCGCGGGAGUGCAGGACGACCGUUUGAUUGACGUAUUGCUGUCCAAUGCCACUCGGUGGGUCUGGAAAUCAUUGGCUGGAGUUAUUCCGAGCCCUGCCCGUUCCACAAAUGAUUGACUUGUUUAAUUUGCAUGUCAGUACUUCUAACACGGUGGCUGUAAGUGGGUUCUGAUAAGGAUUUCAAGUAAUUUUGCAAAAAUGGCCAAAAAAGAGAAUUCCAUACCCAACCUUUAAUUUUCCCUCCAAU